GUUUUACCAAGUUUAUUUGAAAGUCAUUCAGCUCUCCUCGGUGUCAAGGAAACACGACACGAAUUGCGGAGGCGCAAAGCAAACAGCGGCACCGCACGGCAGAGGCAGCACACGAAAGGCUCAGGGCAGGUAACUGUCCUGUGCCGGACUCAGCGCUUCGAAACGUUCUCCUCCGCUGACGCGGGCAGGCCGGCGGCCAGGGCAACUGUGCUACCGGGCAGCGUCCGCGGGUCGGCGCCACAACACCCUGCCUCGGCUUUGACAGCCAUUCGUGAAGGACGUGCCGGAUGCUCCUGGCUCUCCCUCUUCAACGGCUCUGCCCCUCGCCACUGCCCGCUUCGGUUCGGCCCGGCCCGGCUCCGCCACACCGACACGGACAGGGGAGCGGCAGCAGCCGCGCAAUUCUGCCACCCCAGCAACAGGCGCGGCACAGCCCAAUUGUAGCCGCCGGGGGAAGGGGGGGAGGAGGCCGCUCCGCGCGACACGUCUCGCCAUCAGGACGGAGCCAGCGCUCAGCCGGGCUGCCUGGCGGCUCGGACUGCGAGCAGUGACAACUCGGUUACACCGGCAUCCCCACACGGCGCUAACAACGCCGCCGCAACCCCUACCCCAGCCACGACACCGCUCCCAUCUCGGGCGGAGCGCCCCAACCAUCGCGAGAGUUCGGCCGGUUGGUCGCCAUGGGAACGGUGGCGCUGAGGACUCCGGGGCCUCGGCCGGGCGCGGCGCUGCUGUCCUCCCGCGCUAGCGCCGCGGCGGCCGCGAGGGUCCUCGGCUCCGCCGGGGCUGCCGGCCGCGGGCGAGCCCGGGCGAGGAGGGCACUGCCCGGCCUCUGUCUCUGACGGGCUGUUGGAGCUGCAGCGGGCCCGUCAGGGCAGCAACUCAGGCUUCUCUUGGCUUCCCGCCUGCCUGUCGAAACCUGUUGUGAGACUGAGGUUGGGUUGGGGUUUUUGUGCCGGAGUCCUUUGAGCCUUGGGCAUUAGUUUACGUUAGUUUGGUCGGUUUGCGGUUGCUUUUACCACCCACCCCGGGAAAGGGAAAGAAGGUUCUAGAAUGCCCUCGGGCGUGGUGGAAUUGCCGCCAGCGGCAGCGGCCUGAAGAUAACGGGACCCGACCGGAGGGACUUAUUCCUUCUCUGCCACUCGCCUGUGCUGUGCCCUUGCAUGGCCUCCACACGAGAUGUACUGGAAGCGAAGGUGCAGUGGGGCCCUUUGAAAGUUGCCAGUGCGUGGCACAAGCUGAGACACUGAGAUCUGUGAAUGCGGUGUCGGCAGAGAACCUUGAAUUUCUGCAGUUUCCUGAACCGGGGCUGAGGCUGGAUUUGGAAGCUCCCCGUAUGUAGAACUCCUGAAUAUAAAAAGGUUUUGGCUGCUUUCUUUGAUAGAUUCAAGACACUCAUUUUUUUGGGUGAUGCUAAUUGUGCCAGUCCUGUGUUUUUAAAACAGAGAAAACUAAACAGCAAAGGCCAGGGCCAUGGCACUUCCAUUGCUGGCAGAUUGAAGAUCUAAGCCCUGGAAAGUUUCUGGGACAGUAGUACAUUGGAAUGCUUAGAGUGGCUUGGUGACGGAUAUUUGUACAUGCACUCAAAGGCGGAUGCUGGAGGGGCAAGCCGGGCUGUGCUGGGAAGGUCUCUCCACACUCAAUUGCUAGAAAGGGUUUGAAAUUUGUUUGUAGCUGAAUCAUGCCUGGGGUUGGGCUGCUUUAGUACAAGACUGAUGGCUUGUAAGGUUGCUUUUCUGUUUGUUUUGGGGGUUACCCCCCAGUUUUAGGUCACAGUGGAUAUUACAGGAGCUUGGAUAAAAUGUCAAGACCUGCAUCUAGCUCAAAAGCUUAUCUUAGCUGCAGAUCUUUAAGUACUGUGGAGUUAUUAACAUCAGAGCCAUGCUCACCAAAGUUUGCUUCACCUGCCAGUUUGCCUGGUGAUCGUCAGAGGAGUGGUUUGGAAGAGUGCUGUCCACAAGGAGACAAAGGUCAUGACAGAGUGCAGUCUGAUGGCAAGGGAGGAAGAGCAGACCAGCAAACUACAGUGCAGAGCAUGACCUUCUCUCUUCAGGAGUGUGCCCUGAAUCCCAGAGAGCUGUCAGGGUGUAUUUGCAGUUCAGAUGCUGGAGAUGAUAACACUGAAAGACAGACUUCCAGACUGUAUGAGCUUUCCCAAGGAACACCGACAAACCUUUCCAGCCUUGAAUGUUCUGAAGAGACAGAUGUAGAUCCUCAGAUUCGAGCAGCUAUAAGGAAAAUGAAGAAAUUUGACACAAUACUGGCAAAAAAACAUUUGAAGGAGAGAGCAAUUAAACACCAAGGCAAAGAAAUGAGGGCAAAGCUCUGGGAAGAACUUCAGUCCAUCAGAAGUACUGGAAGCCAUGAGGAGAUGGAGAACACACAACUCUUUUUAGCUUUGAUGUCAUCAUGGCAGGACACAGCUGGUAACUUUCCACAGACUCUUGAGAAAUCUGCUGGUGCUGGGGUUCAGCUAAUGUUACCAAAACAAUUCCUUGCAGAGGCCUCCCAUGCUGAAGAAGCUGAAAUGUGUACUUCAGUACUUCACACACCAGUCAGCCCAGGAGAUGGUGACUGCAAUAAGCAUAGCCAAGGGCUCUCACUGAGUCAGAAAAAGAAUGAUCAUCAUUUAGCAACUCUUCUUCCUCAAACUUCUGAUCAGCCAAGUCAAUUGGAAACAAAUGAGUUCCUUAAAGAAGCAGAAAAAACACAUAGUAAAAGUAAAAGCAAUCAGGACUUCAUCAAAAAGAACAUUGAGCUAGCAAAGGAUUCGGGAAACCAGAUUGUUCUGCUUGAGGAUGAAAGGAAAAGGCUAAUGGAACUGUUGAAAGAUGCAGAAGAGGACACUGAACUGCAGGGUCAUGAGGAGAAAGUCUCUGGCUGGCUUGCCCCAGGAGAAGGGUACACACCCGACCCAAAGGAAUUUCACCAGCUGAAGGAGAUAGAGAUGAAGCUGCAAGUACUGCUGUCGGAUGGGGAUCCACCUGGGUUGUCUAGCUCCUGCACGAACCCUCCCAGUCAGAUUUAUAAGGAGUCUUUGGCUUAUGCAGACAGAAGCCUUGAAGCAGCUCCAGGUGAAAAGGUUCUUCGAGACAAUAAGGAACAACGUGACCAGCAAAACCGUCUGAAAGAGAUAGAUCUGCAGCUGAAGUCCCUAGAGAGGAAGCUCUCUGAAAACAAAUGGGGCCUCUCUGAAGAGCAGCUUAAGACCCUUCUGGAGGAAUGUAUGCAGCCUGAGAGAACAAUAAGCGAGGUUACCAUGCCAAAGUCUCAGGAAUCUCUUUCUCUUGGGUUAAGUCCCUCUUGUUACACAAGUCAGUACUCUCCUCUUCACUCCACAUCUACUCUUUCCAAUAUGUUAGUUGAAGACCAUAUUGUAGGGCAGUUAAUGGCUCAGGAAAAGGCUGUGCUGGAAGACAAAAGCUCAAGUGUUAAUGGUGAGAGUGAAACCCCUGGCUGCUGUAAGAAAAGCAUCUCUGAUACUCACCUCCCAGAGGAUUCCCUGGCCCACACAGAGGCACCUGGUGCCUCAGGGCAUUUACAGAAGAUGGGUGAUGACAACAUUUUUGAAGGUUGCUUUAUGUCAAGGGCGCUCAACACAAAAAGGCAGAAGAAAGCUUCUGUCUUAGGCGAGCCACUCUAUCGCACCAGCGUGAACAAAGAGCUGCCAGCAGGGGCUGACAUUCUCAGCAUACCGCUGCAAACCCAGGGAGGUGAGACCCCAACUACCCUUCAGAGUGGGCUUUGGAUUAGAGUGAAAAACCCCAGCAGGUUCUCACCAAAGAAAUGA